AUGAACAGCUGUGACAGUGUGUACACACGCCUGUCCAAGCUGAAGUCGGCUGCAAAUCAGCGCGUCUGGAACCGCUGUCUGCAGAGGUGAGUAACCUUGAGGCAGCAGGGUCCUGAACAAGUACCCCGGACAGCGCAAUGACGGCUGUCUGCAAGAACGUGUCUCCAACAGCUCAGGCUGUAGGUAUAGAUAAGGGCAGCAAAGGAUCUUGUGCUCAAUUAACCCUCAAACAGUAGGGGGAUCGGUUUGGAAAACUGAACUGUUAUGGGAAAGCAUGAAGUUUCUGCACCUGACAGGUUUUGCUCUCACCUGAUUCUUGUUUUUUGUGUCACUAUUGGUUGUUAAGUGUCGCGACGGCAGUGGUAGUGUCUUGUUUGUGCUGACUGCUUACAUCUGUGAGAUAGGAUGUUCGUCGGGUCGUUCCUAUCCAACUUCAGGCUGCAUUGACUCUAACUCGGUCAUCUUACCCCUGACUAAUGCGGCCUUAAGUCUCAGCCAGCCCCCGAGUCCAGCUUGCUGCAUGCGGCGUAGGAGGCAGGUCGUGCGUGGCGAGCGCGUAGACGGCUGUUUGGUCGUGCCAGCUACUGCCUCCCGUUGUCCUGACACUGUCCAACCACUGGAGACCAGUAGUUGUGGUGGGGGAAGUGAGGCAGGCGCAACACAAUUGGAGCAGCGCUGAACUUCGUCCUCUUUGACAGUUGAACUAUUAUAGGCCGAUAACGAUGAAAGGUCUGCCAAGAGGUGGGGGGUGAUGCAGGGUCAGGGGUCACUUGUUUGAACUGAAAUCGGAAGAUCACAGUCAGGCGCGAGCGCUCUUGUUCUCCAACUUCCUAAAAAGUCAAGGAAAAGAGCAGUAGCACCCUGAUCGAUGUAUUAUAAACCUCUCUUCUUUUGAUAUAGUAUUUACUUCACCAGCACUUUCUCACGCAGGCUGUCCAAUCCCUUCUAGCCGAGUUUCCCCCGAAGUAAUUGCAAAUGUUUACAGAAGGUGGAGCUGCAUCCUUCGUUCGCACGAAGCGGUGUCUAAAUGCAAUCUGCAGUCAACGGCUUACGAGGGACUGUAACAGUGGGUUGGUCGCCUUGAUAAACAGAUUGUUGUAAGACUACUGCAGGCAGGGAAAUACGACGGUGGCAAAUUCAGUCGUUACUAACUCUCUGGCGCGCUGCCAAGGUCACGCCUGUAUUUGACGGUUCGGACUGCGCACCUCGUUGCGUACGGUGUCCAACCCCCAGUCAGCAUCCGCGCUUCCACUGAUUGGCCGAACCAGUGGUCCUGGAGCAGAUGAAAAACAGCCACAUGAAUGGAACGUGACAAGCUGUCAGCCACGCGUCCGAUUAACUGACUGACAAAAAACAACUGCUCAGGGCUUUCCUUUGGACGAAUGCUGUUGUGUCGUGCCAAUUCUACCUCCCUGACUUACGAUUAGGAGGUGUCAUGAUCGCUGUCAUUUACGCGACACAAUCUUCCAUGUUCGGGAAAAAUUGCUGCUGCUGCUGCUAUUUUCCUCCUCCUCCUCCUCCUCCUCCUCCUCCUCCUCCUCCUACUACUACUACUACUACUACUACUACUAUUACUGCUGCUCCUACUACUAA